ACGGCUGAGCGCGCUUAAUCCAGCAGAUCAGUUAGACGCGAGACAUUGUUGGGAACGGUUCGUUUCAGGUCAACAGCCAUACCAAAACCGGUGAAUUUCGUCAAUCAACCAUGUAUCGAUGGUUAAUACUUGUGUUGGGCAUUGCGAUGAUGAAUCAUGUGUCAUCUGAAGAUCAUGCUGGAAUGCUAUUGGACUAUCGGAAUUCGUUCCUCUCCUAUGAACAAAAAGGACUUGACACAUGUCCUUUCACCUACUUUCGAGAAACAUGUACUGACUUUGCGCAUGCGGUAACCAUCGAAACAUUUGAUGAAAACAAUACUCCAAAGAUUUGCCUUGGCACCUUCAUCAGCGAACAAUUUAUUCUUACAACGGCAAGUUGUAUACCGUCUGAUCAUCCAAAAAAUAUUAGGCUUAACGCGAAAAUUGCCGAAAAUGUCACGGUGUCAUCGAUAUAUCUACAUCCAGACUAUAAGCUGUCUCAGAGAAACGGAUCAGAUGAGAACAAUUUGGCGCUUUUGAAAUUGAACGCCGAUUUGAGGCUCACUAAAAAUGUAGCAGCCAGUUGUCUAUGGGCUUCAGAAACUGUGGAAAUGUAUACUAAAGUACAGGAAAUGGACUAUGAUCACACAAUUAAAAAAGUAAACCAGAAUACCACUAUCUGUUCGGGAUUGAACAAAAACGAAUGUCUCAAAUCAGCAUUACAAUUCUGGUGUCAAAGGAAAUCUUCCACUGGGAUUUUGCAAAUCAGGGAGCUAGGAAAAUACAAAAUGCAUCCAAUGAUCGCAAGUAUGGGCUGUGAUAAGAGUGGACAAAUCGUUCCCAUUUCUCAUCAUCUACCUUGGAUCAGGGAGGUAACGCAAAGUACCCGAAUCGAGUACAAUCUGACUGACGUUGGAUUGGGUGAAAAAUGCUUCAACAAUGAGGGCGUCAAAGGUGUUUGUCUACCAGUUGAUGAAUGUCCACAAGUGAUGAUAAACUUCAAGGAUCUCCAGAAAAACAAUUCAAUUAGCAACUGUGGAUUCGACGGUAGUAUUGCACUUACCUGUUGCAGCACAAAAGAUAUGCUAAAAGGUGCCCAAACGGAGACUAUAUUCCGAGAAGCUGUACACGAAAUUGAGCACUGUGAGACGCUUUAUGAUGAAUUCAGAAGAACCCCUGACGAACAUGAACUGCAUUCACAAGUAGCGAUUGUAACUUUAAAUAAUUCCACAAUAUGCGGCGCGACAUUGAUAGCAACUCGAUUCCUGCUAACCUCCGCAGAAUGUGUCGAAAAAAUCGAUUCAACAAACAACGUACUGAUUGGUAUAGCCCACGAUUCCGAUGAAACCAUCAACAAAAUAGAAAUUCAGUCCAUCUUCCCUCAUCCCAAAUUCAAUCCAAAAACUCGGCACUAUAAUGUGGCGGUAAUUAAACUUAAACAUCCGGUUUCAGUUGAUUCGUCCACUGUGCCGGCUUGUUUGUGGACUCGAAAGGAAAAGGUCCCCACAAGUUUGGAUGCUGUGAGUUAUGAUGAUGCCGAUGACGUGUUAUCGAAGACGGUUUUCAGUCCACUGUACUACAGCGAUUGCCUUCGAUUGUACAACCCACAUCUUAUAGCGUCGGAGAUGUGUGUUAGUCCCAAGUUGGCGGAUUGUGAGCCAGACAACGAAAAAAGUUCUUGCCAAAAACCAGGAAGUGGAUUGUACACCAAUGUAUUCGUCGGUACAGCUAUGAAACCGGUAACCUACGUCGUUGGAAUUCAUAGCAAAGGAUAUCAAUGCGAUAAGCGAGGACCGUCAAUACACACCCGCGUUAGCGAAUAUUAUGAGUGGAUAAAGAGUGUGGUCUACUUGAGCUCCCAAAGCAACGAAUAGUCGAAUGGAAUUGGAACAGGCUAAUGAUAUUAACAAAAUUUGGUAAUUACUCUCAGGAAUGUCCCGUGAAUAUAUAGUUUCUUGGUCAAAGCUAUUGAA